AUGUCAAACAAACCUGACUGGGUAAAGGCUUUGAAGCCGGCCGGUCUCCCUGGAACCGAAAUUCUUGCAGCGGAAAGGAAAUCGUCGCCCAUUGAUGUCGAUGGACUCGCGGCCUUUUUGUUCACACAGCCAAUCUUGGAUCGCAAUCACAGAAUCCUCGAAAUACUCCAGGCAGAACCCGUAUUCGACAAGUCGUCGAAUUACUUUCGGGGCCGCACUGAAAGAAUCAAGGCCGCGCUUGCCCGUGGGAAGCGACUACAACAGUUGACGGAGCUUCAUGGGUGGUCUGCUGAGGAAUAUCAAGUGGCAUACGACUUGAUUGGAGAGCCAACACCCUAUGGCCUCCACGCCGGAAUGUUUAUGGUUACUCUGAGAGAGCAAGGGACCCCCGCACAGCAUCGGUUAUUCCUUGAAAAGGCUCAAAAGUACGAAAUGAUCGGGUGUUAUGCCCAGACAGAGCUGGGCCACGGGUCGAACGUACGAGGGCUCGAGACUAUAGCAACCUGGAACCCGCACAGAAAGACCUUUACGCUCCACUCGCCAUCGCUGACAUCUUCGAAAUGGUGGAUCGGCUCUCUGGGCCGGACGGCAAAUCAUGCAGUUGUCAUCGCGCAGUUGAUCAUCGACGAGGUCUCCUACGGACCUCAUCCUUUCGUUGUUCAGAUCCGAGAUCUGCAAACACACCAACCUCUAGACAACAUAUACGUUGGUGACAUCGGGCCCAAAUUCGGGUUCAAUACCAUGGACAACGGCUUUCUUUUAUUAAACAAUGUGGAGAUUCCGCAUGAGAAUAUGCUGUCGCGUUUCUCCCGAGUUGACGCCCUGACAAACAAGUACAUCCGUCCCUCCAAUCCCUCACUCGUGUAUGGCACUUUGACGUGGGUCCGCUCCAACAUUGUCCUCAGAUCUGGGGCCGUCCUUGCUCGGGGAGUGACUACGGCCGUCCGGUACUGUGCCGUCCGCAAGCAGUUUCGCAGGCUUGAUGCCGCGAGCAAUAGCACCAGCGGCACUGCCGAAACGGCGGUCCUCAACUACUCGAUGGUGCAAUAUCGACUGUUGCCGCUGCUGGCAGCAACAUUUGCUCUGCACUUCACGGGUCAGAAUAUGAUUCAACUAUAUCAAGCGAACCAAGCCGCCAUGAACGGGCCCGACCGAAGUAAAUCAAAUGCCGACAUCCUUCUCGCCGAGCUCCAUGCAUCCUCUUGUGCUUUGAAAGCCUACACGUCGACCGUAGCGGGCGAGGGCCUGGAAACGUGUCGCCGGGCAUGUGGUGGCCACGGCUAUUCUAGUUUCGCAGGCGUCGGCUCCUUGUAUGCAGACUAUCUACCGACCCUGACGUGGGAAGGUGACAACUUCAUGCUGACACAGCAAGUCUCACGAUAUCUCCUGAAAAUCGCUCGCCAAGUGGUGUCCGAGGUCGAUGUGAACUCGUCGACCCAUGCUGCACCAGGCAAUCAGUUCAGUAUCCACACGGCCACAAUACUCGCCAAUUACAGGACGAAACAAUCCGACACAAAAGUGGUACCCUUUGAUAUAUUGGGAGACGACACUAGUUGCCUCGUCGAUGCCUUUGCGUGGAGGGUUGCCUACCAGACAUUCGAAAUUCUGAGACGCCAUGACGAUGAAGGCGCAUCGUGGGACAGCCUCCUUGUUUCUUUCUGGCGGCUAAGCACGGCCUAUUCGCAGUACUUGGUCGUCCGGAAUUUCCACCAAGUGUUAAGCCAUCCGACAGCGCAAAUUUCGCCACCUCCCCGGUCGGACACGAUGGCGGUACUACACAGUCUAUUCAGACUGAAUGCGCUCUAUUGCCUGUCAAACGAAUCCUCGGAAUUUCUUACAAGCGGUGCCUGUACGGCGAAGGUGCUUGAUACGCUUCGCGAAGAGCGAUUGCUGCCGCUGUUGUCGGAAGUGCGACCACAUGCAGUAAAACUGGUCGACGCUUGGAAGAUUUCAGAUUGGCAACUCGACAGUAGCCUGGGACGGGCAGAUGGGAGAGUGUACGAAGAUCUGUUUUAUCGGGCCAGCGAGAAUAACCCUCUGAACGACAUCAUAUUUGACCCAUCUCCAAACAGCACCACUCUCUUCAAGACAAGAAGCUCCCGAGGUCCCUCGAGCAAGCUUUAG